AUGCACUAUCUCGGGAACAACGUUACGAACAGCGAUUCCCGACCAAAUCAGACUUUUACUGAAAGAGAUUACGCCCUCACCGCGAUCGUUCCGUUUUCGGAAUACUCACUUCGGAUCGCUAUUGAAUUCUUCACUUCGACUUCUCAAUAUCCAGAUGUGGCUAACUCUUUGAUUGCUAUAAACAUCAUAAAAUUCCUUGGAGAGCCUCUCUACAUGAAGUACACUUGUAUAUCAGCAAGCACAUGGAAACUAGCUGCUAGUUCGUUGAUUUUGGGAAAUGUCGCGGUCACAAGUCUCCUCCAAAGAUGCACACAGGUCAUGGCGGAUUUCUGUAAGGAUUGGUCAGCUGCUGGAGAUCUUCGCCUACCAAGAUCCCGGAUCCUAGAAAUCAUAUCAGCACUUCAAGCAACCCCUCUUCCCAUUCUCUUAUUUUGUUUUGUUGGUUUUUAA